GCUGUAAAGCUUGUUGUCACUUGUUUGUUUUAACAGGAAUUCAGACGUCAAGUGUUAAACAAUUCAAUGAAAAAUGACUCCUUGGCAAUGAUUACAACAAGUGAUUGCACAAUGAGCCACAGCAUCUCCAUUCCCUAUAUAAAGGCAGCUGACUGUUGGUUGGUACAACAGAAUUCAGCAGAUCAACUGACUUCUUACGACCUACUGUAACAUUCACUGUCAGCAGACACUCACCCACAAUGGCUGAAUACAUCACAAACCUUGAUGUGUCCCUUAAUGAAGUGGAGGAGAAAAACCUCCAAUCACUAGGCUUCAAAAAAAUCAAUGUUGAUCUGAAUAAAGGGGCAAAAGGAAACUUCAUCUACCUUUGGUACAAAACAGAGCAUGACUCAGACCCAAUCACCAGGGUUCAGGUUACAUUCAAUAAUGGAAUGGAUGAUGCAUUGAUCAGUGCUGGGUACACGAAGAUCGAUAAAAACCUCAAUGCUGGAACAGGUGGUAAUUACAUCUACCUGUGGUACUUCAAAGGGAGCACAGAGUAUGACACUCCCAUAGUGGAGCUUGAUGUCACUGUAGAUGUUCAACGUGAAGGUCUCAAGUUUAAAAAUGACUGGGAGCGAUUGGCCUGUGAUCUGAACCGCAAAGCUAAAGGAAACUGGAUCCAUAUCUGGAUGAAGAGAGAGAAACAAACAUACAUCUGUGACAUCACUGCCACUGAUUCCUCUGGAUUAGAUGCCGACUACUUGCAGCAAGGUUACAUUCGUGUUGAUGAAGAUACUAACAAGGGUGCCAAAGGUGCAUUUGUCUUCAUCUGGUACCGUCAGACCACCAACCAAGCGAAUGCACUCACUGAUCUAAAAGUGUCCAACAGUAAUCAAGAGUAUCAGAGCCUUCAGCAACAACAUUGCAUGCUAGUGAGUGUUGAUCUCAACCAGGGGACUGGAGGUAACCAGGUGUACAUGUGGUACAAGAAAGUGGGAACUCAUCCCAUAAAGGGCAUCACCCUGCUUGUCAAUCCAGAUGCUGCCCCAGUGUAUGAGAGGGCUGGUGUCAAUGUUAUUAGACAAAAUCUCAACGAAGGUACUGACGGCAGCACUGAGUACCUGUGUUAUCAUCAGUGAAACCCUGAGAAAAUCUUCUUCAUGGUAACAGAGCUGAGAAUUCUCAACUGUAGUGGAAAGCCCAGUUCAACAAUGUUGUUUAAUCAAUUUGUGAUUUCUUUUCAUUUUCUUCUCUCCUUUUCUACAUGAUAUAGAACGAUGUGAUUAAUUAUAUUGCAGUAUAAUACUGGUAAUAUUAGAGAGUUUCAACUGAAUAUAGGUCAUUGUCAAACUUGCUGUCAGUGAAAUCUUGAUUGUGCACAUGUUUUGUUUUUCAAUAAACACACAUUUGCAUCUGAA